GUCUGCGCACGAAGUCAGCGCAGGGCGGAUGUUUGCACCUGUAAAAAUAUUCACAUGUUUUCGUGUGCUGUAAUUCUAACAAUUUUGACGAUUUUUGGUUGUUACGGUGUGAAAGAACAUCCCUCACCACAAACUUUAAAUGAUGAAACAAUAUUUGCAAAACUUUUUACAGCCGGUGAUGAUUUUCCGUCAAGCGUAGCCUUAAAUUUUGCUAUAAAUAAAAAGUCACACAAACUUUCUUGUUACAACCUAAAGACAAAUAUAUUCAUGUAUCUUAUUAUUAUGCAAUGUGGAGACAUAGAAAUUCAACCCGGUCCGGGAAACUACCCAUGCGGUGUGUGUCACAAAAGAGUCACUUGGAAUGCAAAAGCCGUCCAGUGUGAAGACUGUGAAGUCUGGUUUCAUAGUGCUUGCUUAAACAUUGGCCCAAAAACAUACCGUGACUUAGGUAGAGACAGUGUAGUAUGGCUAUGUAACACAUGUGGACUACCAAAUGUCGCUACAUUCACAUUUAUAGAUUUAGACUCUUAUCAUUCAACAAACCCCUUUGAUGAAUUAUCAAACUUAAGCAUUGAAUGUACCGGAAUUGGUGAAAAUGCAUAUACAUCUACUCCAUUGAGAAAUAUUAACUCUAGAAAUAAAACUACAAAUUUAAAUCUUACUGAUAUAUCUAAGAAUGGUAGUGUUUCAUCUCAUGAAAACAGUGUUAUGUCUGACCCAGAAUCAAGUUUACAAUCAUCUCAGUGCAUUUCUACUGAUAAAUCUACGACAUCUUCAAGUGGUAGUUCAUUAUUGGUACGCAGGGGCGACACCCUAUCAUUUUGUGUUAUAAACUUUCAAAGUAUUAGGAAUAAAAAAACUGAUUUACAUAAUCUUAUAGUUAGUGUUGAACCCGAUAUUAUCCUCGGAAAUGAAACUCAUUUAGAUCCAGCCGUUCUCGAUGCUGAAAUUCUACCUUACAAUAUACCACCUGAACACUCUUAUAGAAUUUUUAGGAAAGACCGCAAAGAACUUAUUGAAAAAGGUGGAGGCGGAGUCAUGGUUUUAGUUAAACCGGGUUUAGACUGUGAAGACUGUCCAGAUUUAGAUAGUAACUGUGAAAUUAAAUGA